UUUUAAACCGAAAGGCUCUGGAAAAGUGCGUGACGUCACCGGCCGAGAAACAGCUCGCGGGGUCGCCGUCAUGGAGGAAGUAAGAGUGUUUCCACUGGCCUGUGCAGUGCAGAACUAUGCGUGGGGAAAGGUGGGCCUGGACAGCGAAGUGGCCAAACUGGUGCUCGGCGGGGACGCGUUAGCCGUCAUCCAGGAUGGCAAACCUUAUGCCGAGCUGUGGAUGGGCGCCCACCCGAAGGGUGACGCCCAGAUCAAAGACAAUCGGAUCGCGCAGACCACCCUGGGUCAGUGGAUCGCCCACUUCCCAGCGUGCCUGGGCUCCAAGGUCAAGGACACCUUUCAGGGCCAGCUGCCCUUCCUCUUCAAAGUCCUCUCCGUCAACACCGCCUUGUCCAUACAGGCUCACCCCAACAGGGAGUUAGCCGCUCGUCUCCACGCUCAGUUUCCGGAACACUACCCGGACGACAACCACAAGCCAGAGAUGGCCAUCGCGCUCACGCACUUCCAGGGCCUCUGCGGCUUCAGGCCAGUGGAGGAGAUCCUCGGAUUCCUCCAAUCCGUACCGGAGUUCCGCGCUCUGGUGGGCAACGAAGCGGCUCAGGAGCUGCGGGGCAGCGCGGGCGACACGGGCCGUGCCAGGCGGGCGCUGAAGAAGUGCUUCACCAGGAUGAUGAUCUGUGAGAAGAAAGUGUUUGUGGAUCAACUCAACAUGCUGGUCAAGAGAGUCACUGAAGAAGGCGCGGCAGGCAAGGAUACAGCGAGCAGUAAUGGCGAGCUGCUGCUCCGCCUCCAUUCGCAAUACCCCGGCGACAUCGGCUGCUUCUCCAUCUACUUCCUCAAUCACGUACUCUUGGAUCCCAACCAGGCCAUGUUCCUUGGAGCGAAUGAACCUCACGCUUACCUGCACGGAGAUUGUAUCGAGUGCAUGGCGUGCUCCGACAACACGGUAAGAGCCGGCCUGACCCCAAAAUACAUCGACGUCAACACGCUUUGCGAGAUGCUCAACUACAGCCCGAGCCCUUCCGCCGCCAAGAUUUUCCCACCAGUUCAGGACGCCUCGGACCCUUGCGUCACCGUCUACGACCCCCCUGUGCCGGACUUCACCGUCAUGAGGAUACAUGUGCCAGCUUCCAUGAAGCAGUACACACUGGCGCCCGUCGACAGCGCCAGCAUCCUGCUGGUCAUCGAAGGCGACGCCAGCGCCACCUCGGCCGCCGCGCUGUCUGACAUCAGCCUGAGGCGGGGCACGGUUUUGUUUGUGUCGGCCAACGAGAGCGUGUUGAUGCACGUCACCUCCCCGUCGGGUGUGACCAUGUUUCGGGCCUGCUGCCUCCUGUAGUGGGACUCGUGCGUACGUGUGCGUGGGUCCGUGGGAGAUGACGAUUGUUGUAAUUUUGAGACUCGGACGGUAGCUUCCUUAAUGCAAAUCUUUUGUCGGGUGCUUAGAAGAAAGCAACCACAUGGAAAAGAACCACUUGCACAAUGGUUCAAUCACUUCAACCUUAACGCUAACGCUUACGCCGGGGGUGUCCAAACUACAGUCGGGGGGCUUUUUGUAGCCUGCUGCCUAUUUUUCAGCAGAUCUACUAAAAAUCUCAUUUGACUCGGCCUGUAAUGCUCUUUAAAAAAAAAAAAAAAAAUCAGUGCGAGGGCUGGUGACGCCGAAAUCCCACAUCUCGCCUGAGUUACCAAGCACCGCAUCGUUGCCCUUCUAUUGCUGUCAAUCAUCAUCGCACCCUAAACAUCAACGCAACACCACCCCAAAAUCAUUCGCUACUAUAUAACGGUUUAAAAAAAAAAAGAGAAAAUCUCUUCCGCUAUAAUCGAUUACAACGGUAAGUCGUGUCAGCAGCGCGUCUGCGCUCACUGCGACUCUCUGACGAGUUGGCCAAAAGUACAGGUUGGAAUACACGCAAAUGAAUCAUCUUCGCUGGCCAGACUUUCCUCGGCUCACCGGUUCCUUCUGCGCCAAAGCAUUGCCGCCUCCCGUUUCAAAUGCAGCUCGCCUCAUUAUUUCCACUCGUCGUAUAAAUACGACGAAUUGCUUGAGGAAGGCGUUUUGGCAAGUCAAAAAAUGGCCCCUGGCAUCCCUUGGACACCCCUGGUUUAAGCGAUUCAAAUCUGGGGAGGUGGGACGUUGGAAAUACAGUACUGCAAUCUACUUUGUCCGACUCCGGGCUGACGGAGAUCAGCGGGUAGCUGCCGAAAGUGAGAAGAUGCUUGAUGAAGGAGGCGUUAUUCUCACCGGGCGUCCCUCACAAUAUGGUGAAAAGCACAUUUGGGUGACUUAGGGACCUCGACCUUUUCACUUCACGUCAAACAGGGUUGAUUCGUAUCUUUUUCUUUUAUCUUUUUUUCUUGGUGGAUGUUUGCUUCAUGUUCACGGUGAAGGGACACACGGGGUUGGUCCUGCUGAGUGUAAACUACCUACAGACCAAGGCGCAAUGCCGGAACAGGAUCACAACAGUACUGAUUGGGUCCGCAUCACUUCCAUUGGGAGAAAUGCGGCAACAUUGACAUUGGUGCGGAAUGCACACGUAGCUUUCGAGUGCAAUAUGAGACGUAAGUGGUGCAAAAUUCUCAAACGUAUUCACACUGGUGCCAAAAUGGGAAACGUAACGAAUAUGACAUUAACGCUGAAAGAGGUUGAACCACGAAAAGAAUCAUUCACAGUGGUGGCCAAAUUAUGCUCCAAGAUGUUAGCAUUACGCGAGUCGUAAUUAUGAUGUUGACAAUUAUGUACAUUUGCCUAAAACAAGAAGCUAUAGGAAUACAGAUCGAUGCUGAUGAAACGAACUCAUUUUUCACGCCAGCGUCAAAAGUGAAAAUGACAACCGGCGCAGGAAAUGCUGCAAACCUGCGAGUGCAAAAUGCGGACUAAUAUUUUAAACAACAGCGUGAAAAGAUUGGAAACUGCGGAACAUGCUCAAAAUAUUCCAAUCGUGUAAAAACAUGUUAACCGAUGAGGAAUGCAGAAUGGCCUCGUGCGGAAAUGCGUGCAUGCAGAAUGCGGCGAUAUUUACUGGACGACAAAACGCGCAAUCGUCCGAACUGUGGACGCUCUACUAUUUGUACACUGUUCCAGUUGGCUCAUAUAACCUUGUUUGUCCACGGAGAGUUGAUGAGAUGCUUGACGCAUGUCUCAUACGUGGAUGUUUGGAUGACUAUACUGACAAGUGACGACUGCUCGCGACCUGAAUACUUCCUGUUCAAAAUCGUCUUGUACACUGGAACCUCCAAAGUGGAACACACACACAUAUAGUAUAUAAGUAAAAACUGCCGAGCAGCCACACUGUUUUGUGCUGGCUCCCAUGUCACUCACCAGGCCACGCCCCUCCCUCUAAAGCCACACGCGCUCAAAGUCACAGAUACCGCAGUGUGGAAUGUGAAGGUGGUCGACCUCAAUAAUUCCUGCGCUUCUAGUUCACCUUCUGUUAAGUCAUGCAAAAAGAUUUUUUAAUCCGAUUGAUCCGCGGCAUCAUCGAUUCUAGAAAUAUUUGCUGGCCGCAGACCUCAUUUUAACAUUUUAAACCGUGAUGCGAGUGUAAAUAAUAAUAAUGCUCACCGUUUCACAGGAAUAACGUUCUGUAUUGGUCAAGGUUCUCUGGUCAAUGUCCCAGUUCUAUGGUUAUCAUCACGUGCUUCCUCUUCGGGGGUUCUACUGUAUAAACAAAAAAAAAAAGGAAAAAUGAAUUCAGGAUAUAUUUGCUAUUGUAGAACAAAUCCAACAAAGCAUGAGCAACAAGAGCAAAAGUUGAUGAAGUGUCAGAACAAAUGCUGCGCCAAGUUUUCGAGUUUUCGUUUUGAACGUUUUGUAUAUUUUGUCCUCGUCGAAACCUGCAAACGUGAGACGGGACUUGAUGUGUUCUUGAAGUUUUUGCCAUUCCGAUCAUUCCGUUCUACUUCCUGUGACCAACGGCCAAGGAAUGCACUUUGUUCCAAUGAUCUCAAAGUUUGUAUUUCACGGGUGGCGUCGCUUUUGAUCAUCGGUGUAUCAUUUCACAUGCGCCGACCGUGUCCGCCGAAAGGUUUCUCUUGCAUUGUUUGAUGAGCAAAGGGGUCAUGGAACUUCAAGUUACUGCUGGAGCGUCUUCCAUUGUAUCUUCGCUUUUCAUUGAGUCACCAUUCCAGUUUGCACUUUGCACGCACAAAGGAGAGUUGAGUUUUUGUUUUGUGAGUGUUGUUGCUGUUGUAGACGUUAAUCCCUCCAUGGUUGUGAGAAUUUUGGAGCGGGGCCUUGCUGUAGCAUGGGAAUGGCAAAAAAAAUUGUCAAUGUCAAAAUGGUUCAAUAAAAGCUUUGUCCUGUCA